GGGCACCCUAACGUGAAGACAACGAAUAAGGUUAAAAGGAAGCCCCAAAGCAAAUAAAGGACCCUUCGGCCUUAAUUUUCAUUGCUUAUCCCUCCUUUAAGGCCCCCUCCUCUAUAAUAUCUGUCUUCACCAAAGGAAAAUAGUUAAAAUUUUCACCCCAUUGGAACCUUUAGUGAUCAUUAGCCAAUGCUGCUUAGAAAUCCCAUUUCCAACACCAAAAGGUUCUUUCAAAGAACCCUACGAAGUUUCAAGUCUUUGUUCACCGGCACCGAGACCGAGCCUUACCAUAAACUUCCCAAAACCUCUCCUUACAAUCCUUAUUCCUUCGCCGGCGUCGACAUGAAUCAAGAAACGAGUCCCCGAGACAAGUGGGACACCAACAAUGGCAACCGGAACACGAGAAUUCUUUUCACUCUGAGGGAAGGGAACAAGGGAAAAACACGAGAGGGUUCUGGUUCGAGUUCGAGUGAGAGACGAAGAAAUGAGACGAGUUCAUUGAUGGCUCGAAGGCUGAAGGAGCUGGAGAUGAUGGAUAUGAGCGAUGUGGAUCAAGUUCUCGACAUUCAAGAGAUUCUCCAUUAUUAUUCUCGACUCACUUGUCCUACUUAUCUGGAUAUCGUCGACAAGUUUUUCAUGGAGAUGUAUGCGGAAAAUUUUGAAGCUUUGGGUUCUUCGAGUGUGGAAUCGAGGACCAAGUAUCGAUCUCGGUGAGGUCCUGAUUCAAUCAUUAUUUCUUUCUUCCCUGACAGGUCAAGAUUUAAAAUUGUCGUACCUACUUUUGUGUAUCUUUGUGUGUUUUUAGUUUUAAUUUCCUUGAAUGAUGCCAUUUAUAAUUAUGACAUGAUUGUGAGACAGGACACGAGAUUUAACUUUAACAAAUGAUUAUGUUCUAUCGUCAUUCGUCUGUAAUGGUGUCAACUGAGUGUCCAUUUUCAGCCUGCCAUUAAGCUCCGAUGACCAACCAGUUUGGUUGAGCCUUGCUGUUUCUCAUCUAAAGAUG